AUGCAACACAAUGAUACAAGUUCAAAUAAUUUAUUUACAAAUAUUGAGCGAUUAAGUACACGUGAUUUAUUAUCCUAUGGACAACUUUCAUAUGAUACUAUAUUAACAUCAAUCCAAAGUUCAUUUAUAUAUCUAUCUGAUUUAUUUCCAUCAUCACAACAUUUAUCAAAUUUAUAUGAUGAAUAUUUUUGUACAUGGUUUGAUGAAGAUGAUUUAAUAAUAUCCUUAAUAAGUUAUAAUUUAUGUAAAUCUAGUAUAUUACUUGAACAAAGAACAAAAGAAUAUAAUGAAUUAUAUCUACGUUUAAUUGAACACAAUUUUAAAUUAACUAAAAUUCAUGCAUAUACAUUAUGUUUAUUUUUACUUGAAAAUGAUAAUUUAACACAAAAAAUUAUAUCAAUUAGUCUUGAAAAACUUUUAAUAGUUGGUCAAUAUCCUAAAAAUGAUAUAUGUUCAUCAAUAAUAUCAUCAUCAGAUAAUAUUCUUAUUGAACUUGUUGAAGAAUUAUAUGCACGUACAAAACAAUCAACAACAUUACCAUAUGAAGCUUUACUUUUAUUACGUUCUUUAUCAUUAUUACUUGCACACAUUAGUUUUUUUUUUCGUGCUUUAAUUAAUGCACGUUAUUCAGCUAAAAUUAAUGAAUAG